ACUUAAUGGUCAGGACAAGAGACAGUGGAAGGGGAAAGGCCAAGAUGGACCAUAAAUGGCAGGGAGGAGGAUACGAAUGCAGCCCGACCCAGUUCAAGGAAGGGCUGCUAUGGGAAUCCACGCUAGGAUAGAGGUGUCCAGCACUUAGGAGUAGGGAAAGCGGUCCGCAGCACAAAGGGAGCAGAAUGGGAGCAGCGGAUAGGGCAAGCAGAGGAUGACGGAAUAAUGGCCAGGUGGCGGGGUCUCCCUUGCAUUUCCCCGCCCCUCGCCUAGGCCUGAGAGAUGCAGCUGGGUCUCCGGUUCCUCCUUUCCUCUUCCCCCAGCCCUCCCUUCCCAUCCUUUUCCAUCCCCAGCGCGGCUGACGUGUCUCCUUGGCACUGCUCAUGCUCUCCCUCCGCCCCAAACCCGGGUCCCAACCUCGCCGCUCGCCCCCGCCUUCUCUUCUCUCCUCCCCUCCGCCUCACCAUCGCCGUCCUCCGCGCCUGGGGCCUCCUCCCACCCCUCUCCCCCCACCAGCUCCAUUCCCAGCCCCAGCCCCGCCAACAUGGCUGCAGCGCAGCUCCUGCCCUUCUGCCUUCUCGUUCUGCUCUUCUUUUCUGGGCCGCAACUGGGUCAAGCGAAUCGAAGCGGGGACCGGCGCUUCGCGGAGCUGAAACGUUGCGCCGACGAGGAGUGCAGCAUGCUAAUGUAUCGGGGUAGAGCUCUAGAGGAUUUCACUGGUCCAGAUUGCCGCUUUGUAAAUUUUAAAGAAGGGGAAGCUGUGUAUGUCUAUUACAAAUUAGUAGGAACAUUACCUGAACUUUGGGCUGGAAGUGUUGGCAGUGUUUUUGGAUACUUUCCAAAGGAUUUAAUUGAAGUAAAUCAUCAAUAUUCUGAACAAGAACAGGAACUACCAACAGAUGAAACAGAUUUUGUUUGUUUUGAUGGAGGAACAGAUGAUUUUGAUAAUUAUGAUGUUGAAGAUCUUUUAGGAUUUUUGGGAGAAACUUUGAGGGGCAAAGGGGAAGAUGAAUUGAACACUUCAGGAAUUGAAGGCUCUGAGAAUCCUAUAGAAGAAAUGGAGGAGGAGAAUCCUGAGAAGCUGAAUAUUGAAAAACCUCCUGAAGUAUCCAAGGAUGAUGAGCCUGAAACAGCAAUGGACAGCAAAGUUCUUGCAAAUUCAGAAGAAAACAAUUUACCUUCUGAAAACACUAAGAAUCUAGAGGAAGAGUUUGAGACACAGAUGCCCCCUGUUCAUGUAAAUAGUCAUGUAGAUAAUCCUCAUGGAAACCAACCCUCCCUUGAGCCCUUAGAAGAAAUGCUGCAAGAUAAAUUAAAAGUGCCCGAAAGCGAAAAUGCCAAAAACAUUAAUACUUCACAACUUUCCAAGGACUGGGAAGAGAUUGAUGCCUAUAAACUUUUGAAGAAGGAAAUGAAUUUGGAUUUGAAAACAAAAUUUGGCUCAACUGCAGAUGCUCUUGUAUCUGAUGAUGAAACAACUAGGCUUGUUACUUCAUUAGAAGAUGAGUUUGAUGGGGAAUUGGAUGUUGACGAUUCCAAAGUUGAAGAAGAGGAUAAAGAGAACUUUGAUGAACCACCAUUACUAACUUUUUCAAAUGGAGAAGACAGGAAAACAUCAGUGAAUACUGUAGUUGAGAAAUAUUCAACAGGUGAAAGUCUGUUUCCUGAAGAAGAUACUGAUGAAGUGGUUCAACCUAGGACUGGUGAAAAGAAUGAUAAAAAUAUAUUGAAAACCUUAGGAGAUACCAUUUUCUCUAUUGUUGGUGGAGGUGAAGAAGAUGCCACAGAUUUGGAUGGCUCUGAUUUAGAUGAAGAAAAGGAGGAGGAUAAUGAAAAAGUCUUAACAGGCAAAUGGGAAGAAGAUAGCACUUUUUUGACUAUAGAAGUUCCUGUAACUAAUCAUGACAAAAACCUAGAUGAUACCCUUGAAAUUGCCACAGUUACUGGAAUUAAGGAAAAAAGUGAGAAAAUACAGUCAUAUAAGGAAGAAUUUCCAAAGGAUGGAAUGGAAUUGGUAGAUAAGGACAGUGCUAUAAAAAGUCCUAUUCCUGAAAUUGACCUUAAACUUAAUCCUAUGGAAGGUGACCUAAAAGAAUCCAUUGUCCACCAAAUCACAAAAGAGGAGCUCCAUGAGGAAAAGUCUGGACAGAAAGUUUUAUAUGAAAACUUAGAGAGUGAUCCUGUCCAUAAAACUCUUUGGAAGAAAAUGAAAGAGAAAAAUACUGAACAGAAAUCUGUAAAUAUUAAAUCACUGUUAGAAGAUGAACAACAAAAUGCAUCCAAAGGAAAUGUAGAUAUAAGAGAUAUUUCAGAAAAUGAACAAGAGCAGGAAAUGUUUUCAGAAAAGAUUCAAGGAAAGCAAGCCACACAGCCAGCUGGGCUUAAAACUCAAUAUCAAGUCAACAUUUCUUCUGAAGAUCAAACUGAUUUACCAAGAGAAAAAGUGGAAGAAAAUCUUAAGUUGGAAGGAAAUAUAUUGAGCCAGCAGGAAAAAGAUGUGGAAACUGAGAUUAACAAGCAGCUGGAUGAAAAGACCAAGCUUUCUGAAGGAGAAAUUCAAGAUCAAUUCUCCAAAGAUAGAAGCAAAGUAAUGAAAUUAUUCUCUCCAGAUGAAAAUCUUAAUGAUCACAAAGAAAUGGAGAGUGCACAAAAUAAAGACAAAGAUAUUCCUAAGGAGAGAGAAGCAACUCAUUUCAAAGAAAAUGUAGGCCAACCCCUUACUAUAGGAACAACAGAUUUCCAGACAGAAAAGGCAGAAGCUGAGGAUGAUGACUUCCCCAAUUCUGAGGAUUUGUUAGAAGAUGAAAAUGCUAUAAGUGCUGCUGCUAGUGGCCAGAGCAGUAGGCUUGAUGUUGAUGUGCAAAUGAGAAAAGCUACUUCAGGAGUCACUAAUCUGAUGCAUUCCUUGGAAAACACCAAAGAAAAAACAAGUAUGAUUUUGGAAAAUCAGGGAAUAGGCAGCUUGCAAGGGUCAAUUGAGACUACACCCAAAGAAGUAAUUGAGAAGGAUGGAGAACCUGUUAAAAUAUCUAUAAAGGAGCAAGGGAAGAAUCCCCUUGAGAAAAAUGAAAAUGAAAAAAAUGCAUUUAGUGAAUUUCUUGACAAGGAUAAAAAUCAGGCUCAAGAUUUGGUUGAAGAAACUAAUUAUUUUGAGAAAGAAGAUGGUCUGAAAAACAAAAUAGACUUCAGUUUCACAGAAAAGUCUUGGCCAGAUGAGCUUUCCCAAGAGGACCUUGAACAUUCACAGAAUUUCACUGAGGAGGAAAGCCAAACAUAUCAGCAAUCUGAUUUUAUAGAUCUUGAAGAUAAUCUUGCUUAUAAAAAUGCUUUAGAGUCGGAAGAUGGUGACACGAUAAAGCAGUUGCCUAUAAUUAAGGGCUUUCUUGAUGAAAAACGAGUAGAAAGGUUAGAAAAGUACCUUGGGUCUGAGAAUAUGCUGCAAAUGGAAUCCACAUUCCGUGACAUGGAAAGGAAGCUAGAGCGUGCUCAAAGGGAGAGCCUGGCAUAUAAUAUGGAAAAGGCCCUGGAUGAUGUCUUUCGCUCUUCAGAGUCAAACAUCCUUGAUAUGGUGGAGAAAAUGUUAGAUUCAAGAGCAGCAGAAAACAAGGAACUGGGCAUGAAGGAGAUAGACUUGUUUGAUGAAGAGUCUGCUCUGCUAGAUGAUAUUCAAGACCUGAUCUAUUUUGUCAGGUACAAACAUCCUUUGGUGGAAGAGAGUGUACCAUUAGCAGCUAUUGAGCCUCCAGAAGAAAUUUCUAGGGUGCCUCUUACAGUAUUUCCUGUAGACCAAAAAAUAGAACCCAGAGGAGUCCAAGGAAGAAAGUUUGCAGUGAAUGAAGAGGAUACAUUUGCACCAGAGGAAAACAAGAGGCCACCAGAGAAUAUGGAAAUUAAAGUUCUUAAAGUGGAAGAGCCUGAUGAGAAUUUGGACAUCUCAGAAAAGGAUGGUCUUUUGGAUUCAAAAGAGAUCAUAGAUGUCAGUGACUCACAAGAUGGACUACUAGUCAUAGAGACUUUACCAGACCAAAAUGUUGAAGAUUUGGCUAGAGGAAUGAUUUCAACAGAAGACAUUCCUUUGGAUUUAAAACAGCUUCCUCUAGAAAUAAUUUCCACAGAAGAUGCUCCUUUGGAUACAGAACAACAUCCUCUAGGAAUGAUUUCCGUAGAAGAUACUCCAUUGCAUACAGAACAACUAGAAACAAAUCCAGAGAUACCACCAGUUCUUGCAGCUAUGAAGAGUAUAAGUCUUGUAGCGAAAGAAAACAUGAAACAAUAUACUGAGAUGGUAAGUAUGACAGAUUAACUUUCCAAAUGAUUU